AUGUCUGUUCAAACCUUCCACCACGCCUUCCCUCAUUUGUUUGAUGGCAUUGGCCAGGUUAAAGGAAAAGAAAUCAAGCUCCAUAUCUUGAACACCGCAACACCAAAGGAACAGCCACAACGUCGCAUUCCUUUCCACGUACGCAAAGACGUUGAGCAAGAACUGAAACGCCUCCAACAGCUCGACAUCAUUCAAGCCGUUGACGGGCCAACGCCAUGGGUAUGUCCUAUUGUGGUGGUACCCAAGAAAUCAGACAAAAUACGUAUAUGUGUUGACAUGCGUGAAGCCAAUUAA